UGCUCGCUCUUUUCCUCCCCACCUUCUGCUCUCCAUCUCCCUAUCUUCUCUGUACAUCGCUAUCAUCAUUGUGAAGGUGGUGUGAGUGGCAGGGCUAGGAGGAAGACACGCAGCAUCAGCACAGACAUCCCCAACAUCAUCGUCACUAAGAAUUCCUUCACCUAACAGGGCAGAAUGGCAGAGGGCUCCGUAUCAGUAUCAGAGGUGGAGACGGCCUUCAAGAAGUUUGCCAUUCAUGGGGACACCAAGGCUACUGGGAAGGAGAUUAACGGGAAGAACUUUGCCAAACUCUGCAAGGACUGCCGGGUCAUCGACGGCAAGAACGUCACUGCCACCGAUGUGGACAUUGUCUUCACUAAAGUCAAGGCGAAGACAGCUCGGGUGAUUGCCUUUGAGCAGUUCAGCCAGGCCUUGUCAGAGUUGGCCCCGAAGCGUUUUAAAGGGAAGGGCCAGGAGGAGGCGCUGCAGCAGCUCUACGGCCUCAUCGCAGGGAAGGAGCCUGCCAAUGCAGGCGUCACCAAAGUGGCCAAGGCAGCGGCGGUGGACAGACUCACAGACACCACCAAAUUCACAGGGGCACACAAGGAGCGGUUUGACGAGUCGGGCAAGGGGAAGGGCAAGGCCGGGCGAGUAGACAUUCCAGAUGCCAGUGGCUAUGUGGGGGCCUACAAGGGCAAGGGAACCUAUGAGGAUAAGGUCAAGGAAGCAUAGGCAGGACAGAGGGAGCGAGAGAGAGAUAUGCUCAGUCAGACCCCACUAUUUACCCCAAAGACCCUCCCUAAAUAGUGUAAUUUAAGUGAGAACUUGUGUAAAUGUAUAUUAAUGCACAUACUGCGCAGGUAUGAUGGGCUGGUCAGUCACUGGGUGUCACAGUAUUAUAUAUCCUUUAAAGUUGCAUGUUGGGGUGGUGGUUGUUAUGAUGGAGAGGGGAGGUGUAAGGGUGAGGAGUAAACCUGAAUAGAAAACAAAACAGUGACCAAAUUCUAUGUCAAUAAAAAAUGUGAAUAAUAUUUAGAUAUAUUCACCUUCCCAAGCGCUCCAACCCCUGACCCUAUCCCUCCCAGCUUCACUAGAUGCCUCCGUAUGAGUCAUUUUGGCUUGUUUAUGUGUUGUUUAUAAUAUAUAUAUAUAUAUAUAUAUAUAUAUAUAUAUAUAUAUAUAUAUAUACACACAAAAAAUAUAUAUAUAUAUACACAAAAAUAUAAACGCAUCAUGCAACAAUGUCAACAAUUUUACUGAGUUACAGUUCAUAUAAGGACAUCAGUCAAUUGAAAUAAAUUCAUUAGGACCUAAUCUAUAGGCAGGGGCGCAGCCAUGCAGCAUUUCUCCUUUGCCAAGAUAAUCCAUACACCUGACAGGUGUGGCAUAUCAAGAAGCUUAUUAAACAGCAUGAUCAUUACAAACGUGGUCCUUGUACUGGGGACAGUAAAAGGCCACUCUAAAAUGUGCAGUUUUGUCACACAACACAAUGCCACAGAUGUCUCAAGUUUUGAAAGAACAUGCUCCAGAGCCGUAGCCAGAGAAUUUAAUGUUCAUUUCUCUGCCAUAAGCCACCUCCAAUGUCGUUUUAGAGACGUUGGCAGUACAUCCAACCGGCCUCACAACCGCAUACCACGUGUAUGGGGUCGUGUGGGCGAGCCAUUUUCUGAUGUCAACUUUGUGAACAGAGUGCCCCAUGGCGGCGGGGGGUUAUAGUAUGGUUAGGCAUAAGUUACAGACAACAAACACAAUUGCAUUUUAUCGAUGUCAAUUUGAAUGCACAGAGAUACCGUGAUGAGAUCCUGAGCCCCAUUGUCGUGCCAUUCAUCCGCCCCCAUCACCUCAUGUUUCAGCAUGAUAAUGCACGGCCCCAUGUUGCAAGGAUCGGUACACAGUUCUUGGAAGCUGAAAAUGUCCCAGUUCUUCGAUGGCCUGCAUACUCACCAGACAGGUCACCCAUUGAGCAUGUUUGAGAUGCUCUGGAUCGACGUGUACAACAGUGUAUUCCAGUUCCUGCCAAUAUCCAGCAACUUUGCACAGCCAUUGAAGAGGAGUGGGACAACAUUCCACAGGCCGCAAUCAACAGCCUGAUCAACUCUAUGUGAAGGAGAUGUGUCGCACUGCAUGAGGCAAAUGGUGGUCACACCAGAUACUGACUGGUUUUCUGAUCCACGCUCCUACUUUUUUUUAAGGUAUUUGUGACCAACAGAUGCAUAUCUAUGAAAUCAAAUGUUAUUUGUCACAUGCGUCAAAUACAACAGGUGUAGACCUUACCGUGAAAUGAUGAAUUACAAGCCCUUAACCAACAAUGCCGUUUUAAGAAAAUAAGAGUUAAGAAAAUAUUUACUAAAUAAACUAAAGUUUAAAAAAAAGUUACACAAUAAAAUAACGAGGCUAUAUAUACAGGGGGUACCGGUACCGAGUCAAUGUGUGGGGGUACAGGUUAGUCGAGGUAAUUGAGGUAUGUACAUGUAGGUAGGUGUAAAGUAUUCCCAAUCAUGUGAAAUCCAUAGGUUAGGGCCUAAUGAAUUUAUUUAAAUGAACUGAUUUCCUUAUAUUGUAACUCAGUAAAAUCUUUGAAGUUGUUGCGUUGCGUUUAUAUUUUUGUGACCAGUGACCCAUGACCCAACAUUUAGUGCCCUCUAGUGUACAAAACAAGUUAAAACAUCCCUAGACAGAACAAAUACAACACACGAAAUGGUAUAUAGGCAGGCCAAAACGCCUCCUACAGCCUGUCAUCACUCCUAUUACUGCAGGAACUCACUUCUCUACUACUACUACCACACAUUUUGCCUUAUCAUUGAGGUUGCUACUAACCUGGUAUUAUGCACUGCUUUCACCCAGCCUUUUCUACUGAUGUCCUUAGCUUUCAUCUGCUCUGCUAUAAUAACUGUAUAUUGUAAAUAUAGAUAGUUGCAUGGAUGGAUGAAUGAAUGAAUAAACAAAUGGAUAGAUGAUGUAAUAGAUUAAUGAAUGGUGAAUGAAUGAGAAGAGAAGAGAUUUACACUGUAUCUGUACAGUGUAGCGCUUUGCCUGUGCUUUAGAAAUGAAGAGAGAAUAAGAGACCGAUGAGGACAUUCCUCCACUCCUCCAGUGAGGAAUGACUAAAUGAAUUGUUCUGUUGGAGGACUGGGAGCCUCCUGACUGCACUGCAUUGUCUCCUAUUGGGUUGUUGUUCUGUCCCUACUGAUCACUGUCUCUUGUGUUUUGUACAGUUUAGCUGUGUCUCCCUCUAUUCUGAAAAGCUAUAAGAGUAUGUAUAUGUUCAAAUAAAUCACUGAGCAGCAAUUCA